AACGAAAUAUAACGUGGACUUGUUUACUAAUGAUAUGACUUCUGUAUGUUUAUAGAAAAACAAAACGAACAAGAAUGGUGUAAAGUGGCGUAUUGGGAACUAUCACAACGAGUCGGCAGGUUGUUUCCCGUAGAAACAAAAUUUGUGAAUGUGUUCUGGAAUGUUCCACUUGGCACGGGUCUGUCUCUAGCCGCCCUCACUCAACAUCAUUUUUCACCCGGGCAGGGCCCUCCGGAGUCUGUACUCAGGAACAGGACCAAAAUCGGACAAGGUCUAGCUCUGAGCAGAGAAGAAGAUGGCGUGUGGGCGUACAACCUGAGUGACUGGCCGAUGUUCGUAAAUUCGCCGACGCUGGACGACCCGGACAGCAAGUCUUAUCUGGUUUUUCGCGUACCUUCCGGCCACUGUCUGAACAUAUUCACGGGAAACCCGCACGGCGAUCGAAUACGCUAUUCAAACGGCGUGCGAGUCGGACCCGUCGACCCGAACGCCGUACGCAUCAGUUUUGCCAAAGGAUGGGGGCCCAAGUAUUCCCGGCAGGAGAUCACGUCCUGUCCGACUUGGAUCGAAGUUC